AUGGCCGUGAAACUCUUCAAGCCUCAGCUCGCCCACCGAGGGAUGGCAGGGUGUAUUCUUGGAGUCCCACAAGAAGGUGCCGGAUAUAAGGAGACGAUACUGGACUUGAACAACGACGGAUCACUCGCCUUCCAAAAUAUCUCCUUCAUCACUGAGGGGUAUGCCACAUUGCGGAUCGCCGAUAUUGUGAGCACGGACGAGUCUAAAGCGAUAUGGAACGAAGUCAAGGCGGGUAUGACCAUUGUCCAGGGCAAUGAGGACGUGCUGCAUCAGAUGUUUGAAAAUGCCAACACGCACCUCUUUGGACAAUGGCCGAAGCCCAACUCGGAACAGAGGACCAUCCUAGUGCUGUAUCGCGACUCGGGCAAGGGAAAGGACGGCCCGUACCCUGAGUACGACACAGGUGAAGCGCUGGCGCAAAUUGGGUGGUACCACAUGGUCGUGGGGUUCCGCAGCGGCGGCCUGGACCUCUUCACGCUCAUGGGGAUUCCAACGCUAUCGAUUGGGAUCCGCUUCCUGGUUGGCGAAGAUCGACACGAGCUGCUGGCGACGCAGCUAUUCAGACGUCUCAAUGUGCAGUACGACAUGCCGCGACACCAGCUCACGGCCUGGUUACAAGGCCGCCCGAUCAAGCGCAAGUUUAGUACCGAUCCCGUCACCUUUGAACCCGACUACAUACACUCGCCGUACUGGAUGGCGCCUCCUCCAGACAAUCUAUUGUUCCCGCCCCAGCCCGCGAAGCCAGCCUCGGCCGACACCGAGAUUGCACUGCGCAGAGUGGACACGGCUCCUUUCACAGAGUUCGACAAGUGGACGUUUGAAGCCGGCCUGCGCGUUGCCUGCGAGCGCAACUUCGAUGGUUGGGGCACGACUAUCGCCUUCAUGGCUCCUUUCAACGGCUGCGUCAUGACCACCCUCAAGGCGCAGGCAGCCUGUCCGGUGGGUCAGAGCCUUGAGCCGGGACCCCUAAUGGAAUUCAUUGGCGAACAGAGGGGUAUGCAGGCACGAACCUGGGAAAAGAUGAUGCAGCUCAGGAAGCAGCUUCAACUCAACGACGUGGAUUUCAAGAGAUACACAGCAGGUGCGCUGGGGGUGUGGAUAAGCUUAGAAAACAUUAUUGACGGUAGCGGUUUGCAAUGA